GAAAGAAAGAAAGAGAACUCUGGAGAGAGAGGAGUGAGUGAGAAAGCCGAGUCGCACCGAGUUGGUUCGCCGAGUUAAGUGACCGAAUCAAACAUGCGAGGAAAAAAAAAAAAAAAAAAAAAAAACAACAGAGAGGGUCUGUUUGUUGUGUGUAUUUUGUGAGUGUGUCCGGGAUUUUGAUGGUGUGGCAAUAGCAAAAAAAUGGUGAACGAGAAGAUAAUUAGUCUUUCUCUUCUUUAUGUCUCUCCCUUCCUUAUUCUCAUCAUUGUUACCUAUUCUCCUCUAACUCUAACUCUUAUCUUUAACCUCACUUCUCUCUAUCUUAACCGGACGCUUCAGUAUCGUCACAUACCUUAUAAAUCUAUUACAUAUAAUACCAUACGGUGGUUCUCUAUUUCCCUUUUCUGUCAUCAGGGUUUGCGGUUUUCUCUCGGGAUAUAUAAAUAUUUAUUUUCUACGGGCUGCGCUGUUUUUUCAGAUUUCGCUUCGAGGGAGAAGUUUCCAGCUUGCCGUGGUGCAUGCUCUUCUGGUUCCCAUUUAUAUCAUGACUUGAAAGUAGUUGUCACAGAAUAGCUGGGCUGCUUGAACUUGGCCUUCAUGGAAGAAUCUAGUGGUGCACACUUUGGUGGUAUCAACAAUGCCAUAAGGAAGAAAAGGACUCAACCUUUUCGUCGUCCUCGGCUUGAUUCACAGGCUGUAAGUGAAAACCGUGAACUUUCACCCUUGUCAUCUACCCCUUCAGACGAUGUGAGCAAGAUCUCUAGUGAUGAGAAUGGUUGUGAUGCUAAUCCUGCGAGGAAAGAGUUUAAUCUUAAUCAAGUUAUGUCUAGGCCAGCUUUGUAUGCUGAUGAAUCUGAAAAACCUCAUGAAAGGAGUAAAAAGGAGGAUGGGGGAUUCAGUGCAUUCUAUAAUAAUGAUUUAGGGCGAAGUGGGGGCAACAAUAAACGGUCUAGUGAAGGUGUCCUUGCACCUGCUAAUUGGAAAAGUGCAAGCAGGGUGAAGGAAGGCCUAGAAUCAGAGUUGAGAAAUGCUGACGUAUAUGGUGGAAGGAACUGUGAGAGCCAUGGUUUGGGUAAAUUGGAAGUAAUUCUAGAUGGUUUACAAAAUGAAACCAAGGUAAGAAAGGUUAAGCUCAAGGUUGGUGGCGUCACACGAACAAUUCAUUCUAACUCCACACCUGAUCGUGUGCAUGGGGAUGGGUUUUCCACACAGAUUUCUCGAUCCAUUGAUGACUCCAGAUCAAGGCAGAAGCAAAAUCUUCAGAGAAAUGUAGAUUGUGCCCAAUCCCCUUCAGAUAAGAGAAGAGGUCUGCAAGGAAUUCCCUGGAAGGAUUUUUCAAGUGGCGCUUUUAGUUUUGGGAAAGAGGAUUCUGUUAUGGGAAGGACAUCGGCUAAGAAUGCAUCUGGAAAACAGGGGGAUCGGAGUGGCCCGGCUCGUAAGAGCAAGAGAGUCCCCAAGAGGCGGGUGCUUGAUGGGGAUUUCAGUGAAGACGAUGAAGAUGAUGAGAUCCGAUACCUGGAGAAAUUGAAAUUGAAGGCUCCUACAGCAGAUAAGGAAGAUGAUGAGGAAUCAGGCAAGAAGCACCGCAAACUUUCUGCUGUUUCUAAUAUUUCGAAUCUUGGCUCUUCAAAGGCUGGCAAGGAUGGGAAGAAGAAAUCUAGAUCUGAUAGGGCAUCGGAUGAUACAGAUUAUGAGGAAGAAGAUGAUCAGGUAUCUGAUAGCGAGCUAGAGGAUAGAAAGAAUAAGAGGCAGGGGAAGGAAUCUGUUGAUUCACCAAUUGAAACUAAGAGGGAAAUGACUCUUACCACUCGUCAACGAGCUCUUCAAUCUAGCAAGGAUCCCUCUGCUGCUCCUGGUUCAAGAUUAAUUGAAUUUCCCAAUGGAUUGCCACCUGCCCCACCAAGGAAGCAAAAGGAGAAGCUUUCAGAAAUAGAGCAGCAGUUGAAAAAAGCCGAGGCUGCUCAAAGACGAAGAGAUCAAGUUGAGAAGGCCGCUAGGGAAUCGGAGGCUGAGGCUAUUCGAAAAAUACUUGGUCAAGAUUCCAACAGGAAGAAGCGGGAAGAAAAAAUUAAAAAACGUCAGGAGGAAUUGGCACAGGAGAAGGCUGCAAACGCUUUGAUGCUUGGGUCAAAUAUGAUCAGAACGGUCUCAGGUCCCCAGGGGAAUACUGUAACAUUUUCAAAGGAUAUGGGUUUGCCAAGUAUAUUUGAUUCGAAACCUUGCAGCUAUCCUCCUCCACGUGAAAAAUGUGCGGGGCCAUCUUGUACUAAUCCUUACAAGUAUCGAGAUUCCAAGACAAAGCUUCCUCUCUGUAGUCUCAAGUGCUACAAGGCAAUUCAGGAACAGCAGCCAGCUGAAACUACCGGCUAAUUUGUUGAAUAUAUUACUAGCCUCAUUAUGUGCAGGUACUGCUGCACAUUAUUGAAUUUAUCUUGUAUACAGGGAUUGGUUGCUUCUCAGCUCAUUGUAGAGAAAUUUUAUACCAACUGGCUUUUGUUUCCAUUUCAUGUAAACAGCUAAGUUAUUAGGAUUGAAAUUUUGCUGCAACUGGCUGAUUUUUUGACUAUCCAAAGAGUUGAGCGAAGAUGGAUGACUUCAUUUGAGAAUCA